UUGCUCUCCACUUAAACAUCUCAUGAACGAGUAAGGGGCGUUUCAGUCAUGAGUCAUGUUGCCCGUACUCGCUCGUGAGAAUUCCUUCUGGUCUGGGAAUGACGAAAUUCCCAACCAUCGCACACCUAAACAUAUCUGAAUGUCAUUGUAUUUUACAGCGUCAAACAUGGCGCAUUAAUCCGAUCUCGUUCUUGUGGCCUGAUGUGAGAUAUUCUUUGUUACAGUGUUGCCGUUCGUUCUCCUCAGUAGAAUGUCAUCGUCUAUCGACGGGUUCGUCUGUGGGCAGUCACGACCCCCAUUCGAUGGACUGCAGCCCGCUGUCGGGCACUGAGCAUUCUGAGGACGGGCGUCCGGUCAGCACAGCGUCCACGGUUUCGUCCAGCUCUUCUGUCGAGGGCAACAGCAGCCCGUGCCGGGACUCGCCAAACACGCGAGCGGAUGUCAACCUGGAGCUCAGCCCAUCGGAGGAGGGUCCUUUAGAACCUCCAGCACAGCUUGGGUUUGAUUGGCCCGUGUUAGAUCCCUCGAUUGACCCUGUAAUUACAGUACCAGAACAUUGCGUAGACCCGUCACCGUUUGCCACAGUCGCCAUGGCGCCCAACCCUCAGCUCACCUACGUGGACCGUGUCGUCAUGGAGAUUAUAGAGACGGAGCGGAUGUAUGUCAGAGAUUUACGCAGCAUCAUAGAGGACUAUCUCGUGCACAUCAUUGACUGCAGGGAUCUGCCCAUCAAACCAGAGCAUGUUUGUUCACUGUUUGGGAAUAUCGAACACAUUUAUGAGUUCAACAGUGCACUAUUGCAGUCUUUAGACAUGUGCGGCAACGAUCCUGUGGCCAUUGCACGUUGCUUUGUGGACAAGAGCGACCAUUUUGACAUCUACACACAGUACUGUACAAACUACCCAAAUUCGGUGGCGGUGUUGACAGACUUUUUGAGGAAUAAAAAUUUGGCGAAGUUCUUCAGGGAUCGUCAGGCGUCACUCAAGCGCUCUCUUCCGCUGGGCUCUUACCUCCUCAAACCUGUUCAGAGGGUGUUGAAAUAUCAUUUGCUUCUUCAGGAAAUUGCCAAACACUUUGGCUCUGAUGAGGAGGGUCAUGAUGUGGUGAUAGAGGCCAUAGACACCAUGACAGGAGUCGCCUGGUACAUCAACGACAUGAAGAGGAAACACGAGCAUGCAGUGAGACUACAGGAGAUUCAGUCUCUGCUUCUGAACUGGGACGGUCCAGAUCUGACCACGUAUGGUGAGCUGGUUUUGGAGGGAACGUUCCACAUCCAUCGUGCCAAGAAUGAGAGAACCCUCUUCCUGUUUGAUAAGAUGCUGCUCAUCACCAAGAAAAGAGGAGAACAUUACGUCUAUAAGACUCACAUCUCGUGUUCCACAUUAAUGCUGAUAGAAAGUGCCAAAGACUCGCUUCGAUUCAGUGUGUCACAUUACAAACACCCGAAACAGCCGCACGCAGUUCAGGCCAGAACAUUGCAGGAGAAGAAACUCUGGACUCAUCACAUAAAGAGACUCAUUCUGGAGAAUCAUCACGCUGUUAUUCCACAGAAAGCCAGAGAUGCGAUCUUGGACAUGGACUCUACGUGUCCAGUAAAGUACCGCUACAGUCCAGACCGGCUGAAGAAAGCCACAUCCUGUUGCAGUGACAGUUUCUCUGGAGCCACUCUGAAGGAGCGGAGACGAUCUGAGCCGGCGAAACGGAUCACACAGACCACUAAAGGUAACACUUCAUGUUCCUCACAUACUGAACACCUGCCCAGUUUUGCUCGUUUAUUCUCACCCCUCAACAUAACUUCUGAUUUAAUGCUGCAGCACGCAGACAGUGAAGGCACUCUCUUAGUGGACAUAGAGCGCCGUUCCAUGCCGCCUGCCGCCGUCAGCUUCUCCCUGAGCACAAAUCCGGUUGAUCUAAAGGCCAUCAUACCUGUAAUCGUGCAGAACGGUCAAGAAGAUCUCGAAUCUAGCACCAGCUCGCUGGAUGUCCCCUCGGAAAAGAGGCUUGACGGAGAGGAGAAAGUGAGAUCGAAGAACUCAGAGGACUGGCUGGAAGGAGAGAACGCAGAAGAGGAUGUUCUGAUGGGGGUUGAUCAGGUAGCUGACUUUGCCACUUCAGUGUUGGCCGCCAUCACCUGCUGGCAGUAUAGAGCUUUGCUUUCCGAUCAGAUCACAACGAGUUCUGCUGGGCAAAACAGUCCACAGAUGGUCUCCUCUCCAGGAGUGAACCAAUCACUGAACUAUCCAGAGACACAUGGGAAAAUAACUUCUAGAUGCCACACAGAUCCAGAGAUAGUGGACCUCCUCAAUGGAGGAAGAGAAACUGAAGAGGAAAUGGAGGACUGUGUUGGUUUCUCAACCCAUGUUGGACUUGAAAUACAAGUAAGAGAAGAGGAAGAGAAGACUCCAUCCGGCAGGGACCUCCUAAAAGGUACAGAAGACAUGGAGGUAGACAAGGGAGUUCCAGCACCUUAUUGCCUCUUGCCUUCAUCCGUGCUUUACGAUGCAAGUAAGGUCUCUGAGCAGUUUACCUGUAGCCUCUCACGAAAAAGCAGCCUGGGAGCAGAUAGAUCAUGUGACUUGGGCUGCCCAUCUUCUCGGUCAGAAAGUAGAAGGAGCAGUAUGCUCAGCUGUAGCACAGAGCCGCAGGAGAAAGACAAAGCCGAAGAUUUGGGAAGGUCCACGCCAGAACCGUCAAUGGAGACAGUUCCAGAAAGCCCUUUCAAACCAGACCAAAGACCUCAAAGGAUACAAGAUACCCUCAACAAAAUGGACCGAAUGCUCAUCCAUAAGAUUAGACGUUAUUAUGAACACGCAGAGCACCAGGACGCCAGCUUUGCUGUUAAACGAAGAGAAAGUCUCUCGUACAUUCCUGCAGGACUAGUCCGCAAUCUGAGUCAACACCUCAAUGACCUUACGCCAGAUGAAGAUGUGGUUUUACACAGGAGAGCGUCUACGAUCACACGGCCAACCUCAUGGGAUGUUUUUAAUUUGCCGGGCUUGGACAGCGACACAAAGUCCAUAGUUAACAGCUCCAAGUUUCAAGCUCAGUAUGGAGAUGAAGAUUUCCAGCCUGCAGCUAAUAUGGUUAAGGUGUGGCAAGACCAGGAAGUGGAGAUGAUUGGGGCUUUAAGACAACCUCAGGAUUCUCUCAAAACUACAGAGAAUUUCCAAAUGUCUACACCUGAUCAGAAGAAGAAAGCAGAAACCAGCAAAGCCAGCUCUGAUAGUGGACUCGGAGAACCUCUUCUAAUAUUGGAAAAGGACAAGAGGCAAGAGUUUGAGACCUUUCCAAACCAAGCUCACAUGUUCUACAAGCACAACAAAGUCAACCAUGCUCCUCUACCCAAAAUCAUCUCAUUGAGGUCUGCCAAUGAGGAAGACCCCAUCCUGCAAGAAAUGGACAAUAUGAAAAAUAAAGUGUUCCAGUUGGCUAGACAGUACAGUCAACGUAUCAAAAACAACAGGCCUGUAGUAAAACAAAGGCCCAAGGUCUCGGGGAGCCAUUUCAUGCCCAAGAACUUGUCCUCUGUAAUGGAGGAAAGACCUCCUGGGAAAGACAAAGGCAUCCCUGACAGGAUACUGUCACUGGACUUGAAUGAGCAGGAUGUUGUGCAGGACUCUAAGACUUCUAGUCCAUCUUCCAGCCCCUGUUCUCCUGGAAGUCCUCAGUUGCCAUACUUCUGCAAAUUAAACAUACUGAUACCACAAAGUCCAGUACACUCUGAGAGCUUCCACUGGCCAGAUGUCAAGGAGUUGCGCUCCAAAUAUAACCCAGAGACCGAACUCACUCCCUCCCAUCCUUUGCCAGUCACCUGUAGCGGCUCUUAUCCAGAGAGGAUGCUGGACCAUGGACUGGAGAAGUCCAGAGCUCCACGUACCUUGUCUUGUUCACCCCCCUUCUGCGACGUCACAUUCCCGAGCCCUACAACCACAGAUUCAACAACCUCUUCUAGCAAGACCCUUGUAAAUGAAGGUCUUUCACUUUGUAGUUAGUUAGUUAGUUAGUUCUCUUGAUCGUGUUCCGGGGGAACCACACACAUGCACAACCGAAUAGCUGCCAUGACACUGGUCAAGCUACCCUGCCCAAUGACAAUAACUUCAUUGUAGUUGAGGGCAAGUAGGACCAUGCAAGAAAAGGGUGUUCUUGCAACAGAAAGAGUAGACCAUGAUGGACAGCAGAGCGAAAGACUUGGAAGUUCUGUGCAUGGGUCGACGUAGGUCAUCCACCCUUUUUGUUGAAAAACCUGAGAACGGUCAACACAGUUUGGUUAACAACCUUCGGGACAAAUUUCAGAACCUGAGUUAGUUAGUUUCAGAACCUUAAAUAGUUUUCAGGUACCAUUCUGUGCUCUAAGAUGUAUGAUGUUUGGCAACUGUUUUAGAGGAAUAGCAUGUGUUUAGUCUUGCGCAGGUACGCUUUUGGUGUCUUAAAAUGCCUGUUGUGAGUUCUAUGUCGCCCAAACCCGCUGGAAAAGUGAUUCAUGUGGACUUCAGAAUGUAUUGCGUUUAUGUAAAUAUACAGUCGAUUUUUUCCUACACUAUUUUGCGUGUGCCACUUUGAACUGGCGAUACGGAGACACGACUGCGGUACUGUAAUUUCUUUUUAAUUGCAUUUUUCCUUUCAGUAAUUUUGAAAUAAGCCUCAAGGGAGAACUUACAAUAGUUCAAUGCACUGUAAGGAAAGUGGUAAGGUACAAAUGAUGCACAAAUGACAUUUACUUGGUACUGCAAAAUUGGUUGCAUUAUCACAUAAGAGCACUACAAUAUUACAUGCAAUUUACUUGUUUUUGUGCAUUAUGCCAAAGAGUUACUAGCGUAUUUUGAUAUAUUUGCAUAACUGUUUGUAUUUGAGCACUAACCAGCGGAAUGAGGGUUACCUCAUAAAGACGUCAUUACACUCUAAUGAGAUAAAUGGACAUUUAUAAUCAGAUCAAACCCAAUCAAUGGAAAAAACCUAAGCAGGAAGACUGAUGUCAUUAUACUUGACGGACACCAAAUGAUUUGAGCAGCAUAGCAAUCUGCGUUUGGGAAAAUAGUCGUUGAUAUUGCGAUAUAUUGUAAGCUAGCUUUGUUUUUGUAUUUUUGCCCAUUGGUUAUGGGACUUAUCUCCAUGCAUGAUGACACUGAAAUCUUGUAUAUUUAUCUUUAUUUAUUUGAAAUGAUGUAAAUAACUCUAAAAUAGUAUGCACAAUUCCUUUGUAAAAACAGCCCACUUAUUUCAAUUCAUAUUUUUCUCUCAGAUUACAUUAAACAGCUUUCAACACUAUAAUCAUA